ACUGCAACUCUGCGCCUAUGAACAGAACACAUUGCAUGUGGAAAUUAACAAAAAGUAGUUUUUGAUUGUAAAGAUAUAAAGCUAGAAUAACGGUUUGACUUAUUGCUGUUUAAUAUACACUCAAAGUGGAAUCAAUAUUAACCGUAUUUCUGUAAAUAGCUCCAUCGUUAAAGCACAUAUGCUCAGAUACGAUUCUGGAAGUGAUACACCAAUCUAUUAACAGAAUCAAAUGGUUGUGUGACGACUUAUUUUAGUGGGUCCAAAAACGCCCCAGAAAUCGUCAAUGAACGGCUAGGUUGACCGUUUUGGCGAUUUCCAAUACUACUAACUCACUAAAAUUGUACGUAAUGCAACAAGCUAUACAAACUAUAUCAACACAGUCAGAUAUAGCUAAAAUCAUGCAGCCCCAUUCAGCACAAAAUAUGAUUUUGCCAGCCAUUAAAAAGAACAAAAAGUAUGCUCAACAGGUGCCAUCUUCAAAGCCACAAUCCCUUCAGCAGCCCCUGCAACAGCAGCAUAGUCAUCCCACAUCACAGCAUCAGUUUCAGAUUAAUAAGGCAUAUAAUGUGGUCUCCAUUCAUAAGGCAACAGCGCAGAACGCUCAUCAGUCCCCGCACCUGACGCAUCAGCAACAACCACCAUCCCAUCACCUGCAGCAAACACAGCAGCAUCAACAGAGCUAUGCGAACGUUGUGAAUAGAUCUAUAUCUGGGUCUGGACCAGUUGGAGCCCAGCAGUCAACGGUCAUGUGUAACAGCUCCAACAUAUUGACGGUUAAUAGUUGUCAACUCAACUCGGGAGACAUGAACUCGACUGCCAUUUACAAUUUAUCCAGUCACCGGGCCCUACCUGGAAGUCUAGAUGGAAACGUUUGUUUUCUAAACGUGCCGGACAUUUCGAAAAAUGGGACUAACAUCGGUGGGGCAACAGUAGUAUCGAGCAACUCGAUCCCCGGAGUCGGAAAUGGAACAAGCUCUUGCAAUGGAGCCAGUAGUAACAGUCAAAUAACGUUGCCCAAUUCGCACAUGGGAACCACUAUGAGUGUAACCCUGGGCACGACCACUGCAGGGACAACCUACAUGCACGACAAGAAUAUCGUUGGUGUUAGCGUCAAUUGUGUUGAUACUAGUAGAAAGUAUGACUUUAAAAACAGUAGUUUGGUGUCAAAUAAUAGCUUCCAAGCAUCCACAGCAGAGUAUGUUUCAACGGGAAACAACAGUUCUGGGAACGCCCGUUCAAAUCCACAAAGUGGCGGAAUAUUUCGAGGACCCCCUCCGACGUCGAAUGCCCAAAGAGGUCCCAGCGGCGGUGCAACUCGCCACGUCCAUGUACAACCCAUGUUCUCACAGCCCAUUCACCAGAACAUGGUGCUACAACCAUACACACAAUACAAUCCGCGACAACAAACAUUUCCAGCUUCUCACUUGCAAUACGCGCCCGGCCCAAUGCCCUACUACCAGUACCAAUACGUGCCAACUCUACAACAGCAGCCGCCGCCACACGCCCGUAGUGCCGUUGCGGUGAACACGAACGUCAAUGUGGGAAACACCUUGCAGCCAGUGCAGUCCGGACCCAAUGGUCCACUGCCUGGUCCUGGAGCUAGCUCGUCACAGCUUCAACUGCUCACGAGCACCGUGCAGCCUGGAGCAAACACUGUGAUGGGAGUCGGAGGUCCUGGCAGUGGAAUGGGACAAGUGGGUGUGCCUAACAUGGUUGGAGUGGGAGUAAUGCCGACAAGCGUGCCACCGCAACCCGUGCAGGUGCAGCCAGCAAGCAGACGCCGGCAUCAGCAUCGCCUGCAGAUAAUCGAUCCGGCAACAAAGAAAAAUAUUUUAGACGAUUUCGAUAAGACAAACUCAAACCUAGAUAAUGACGUCUCGGAGCCGGUUACACUUUCAAACACAUCGGCAACAGUCCUUUCAGAGGGUCAAAUCCGUGUUCCACAGCAAGAUGGUGUUGGAAAUAAUAAUUUAAGCAAUGUUCCAUCACAAGGAUCUGAAUUACGGACAAACGCUGCCCACACCCCCGUUGAACCAAUACCAAUAAACCGCCAAGAUGUUGGGCAGACUCCAAUCGUGUCCGCCAUGUCUGAUGCACCUUCGGUUGAAAUAUUACCAACGCCUCAAAGAGGUAGAAGCAAAAAAAUUCCUAUAGUGUCGCCCAAAACUUUAUCCGAGUCUACUGCUGCUCCUACCACCGAUGAAACGGAUGAUGCAGUGUCAAAACCUAUUGCUGCAAUCACUAAGGAACCCUUACAGCAAAAUCCGGCGCAUCAAAAAUUAUUUGCGUCCGAAUCAACGCAACAGAAGCAAACGGUAUCAAAUACUGAGAUUAUAAAGGAAGUGCCAAUUACCACAGAGGAAACUACUACUGCUGAGUUAGUUUCUGAAGUGUCCUCCAGAGACCUUCCAACAGAGUUGCUGGCUGUCAAUGUAGAGAACAGUGCACCGUCGACGAAUGUCUCUGCCGAGUCUGAAAGAGCUGGUGUUGACGAAAUACCACCCGCUGAUUUCAUCUCGCAUUUACCUAAUAUGCACAAAGGUUUAGUUGAGUCUGAGGACACCUUUUCGACCGAAACAUUAGUGAAAUCUACAGAGGAGAGCUGUAAUGAUAACCAAAGCGAAGAACAACCAACUCAACCAGAAUUACAUUUAGGAAGUGUCUCUAGUGACACUAAUCUGUCAUCGAUGGCAUUGAAAGAAGACACUUGUUUGGACAAUAGUCAAACCGAAGCAGCAGACACUAUAAAUGCAAGAGAUAACUUAGACGUCUCGGAAGAGGUCCCUACUAGGGACUCAACUAAUGAACUUCUUUCAACCGAUAACACAGGAGAUGACGUAGAUCCAAACUCAGAAUUAAAGUCUGAACCAAAGGCAGAGACGAGCCUUGAGGAAAAUCCCAAAUCUACUGAUAGCAAAAUUGAGGGAUCAGGUAUAACCGUAGCAUCUUGUAUCAACUAUAAUGAGGGUCAAUGGUCUCCAAGCAAUCCAAGCGGCAAGAAACAAUACAAUCGAGAUCAGCUAUUACAAUUACGGGAGGUAAAGGCAUCGCGUAAUCGGCCAGAAGUAAAAAAUGUGUCCAUUCUUCCUCAACCGACCUUAAUGCCAUUAUUUACCCGCAACAACAAUAAUAACAAGCGCGUUCAAUCGAUGGUUGGUAUGAUUGGCAAUCGUAACAGUGAGUCUGGAGGAAAUUACAUCAACAAACAGAUGUCAAUGUCAGGUGUCCAGGGUGGCGGCAGCAGAAGCAGCAUGAAAGGCAUGAUCCACGUUAAUCUAUCCUUAAAUCAAGAUGUUAAACUAAGUGAAAACGAAAAUGCCUGGCGCCCACGAGCCUUGAAUAAAUCAGACGGUGACGGCGACACAAAAUCAACGCAAGAAAAAGAUGAAUUGGUACGUCGGGUUCGUGGUAUUCUAAACAAGCUCACCCCUGAAAGGUUCGAUACGCUUGUCGAGGAAAUCAUAAAAUUGAAAAUUGAUACACCCGACAAAAUGGACGAAGUAAUUGUGCUGGUAUUUGAAAAAGCAAUUGAUGAACCAAACUUUUCGGUGUCCUAUGCUAGGCUAUGCCAUCGUCUUAUUUCAGAGGUGAAGGCGCGAGACGAGCGCAUGGAAAUAGGCACCAAAUCGAAUUUGGCACACUUUCGAAAUGCUUUGUUAGAUAAAACCGAACGCGAGUUUACACAGAAUGUCUCCCAAAGCACCGCAAAGGAAAAAAAAUUGCAGCCAUUUGUGGAUAAGAUAAAGAAAUGUACCGAUCCAAACGAAAAAGCCGAACUUGAGGCGUUCUUGGAAGAAGAGGAGCGAAAAAUACGUCGACGCUCAGGAGGUACAGUUCGAUUCAUCGGCGAACUUUUCAAAAUAUCCAUGUUGACUGGUAAAAUCAUAUAUUCUUGCAUUGACACACUUCUCAAUCCUCAUUCUGAAGACAUGCUUGAAUGCCUAUGUAAGCUACUUACAACUGUGGGUGCCAAGUUUGAGCAGACCCCAGUUAACUCAAAGGAGCCAAGUCGGUGUUAUUCAUUGGAAAAAUCGAUAACGAGGAUGCAGGCAAUCGCUUCAAAAUCUGACAAAGACGGUGCCAAAGUCAGCUCCCGAGUGCGCUUUAUGCUUCAAGAUGUUAUAGAUUUGCGCAAGAACAAAUGGCAAACCUCGCGAAACGAGGCACCCAAAACCAUGGGCCAAAUUGAAAAGGAGGCGAAAAACGAGCAGCUUUCGGCGCAAUACUUUGGUACACUUGCCAGCACCACGCCCGUGGGAUCUCAGGGCGGCUCCGGUAAACGAGAUGAUCGUGGCAAUGCUCGUUACAACGAAUCUCGUUCUGGUAGUGGGUAUGGCGGCAGUCACAGUCAACGUGGUGACAAUGGUAAUCUGCGACACCAGCAGCAGAACAACGCUGGCGGAUGUAGUGGCUCCGGUGGGGCUGGCCACUCCAAUGGAAACAAUGAUGACAACACUUGGCAUGUGCAAACCAGCAAGGGAAGCCGUUCCCAAGCAGUUGACAGUAAUAAACUGGAGGGUCUGUCUAAACUUUCUGAUCAAAACUUAGAAACAAAAAAGAUGGGCGGACUAAAGCAAUUUAUUUGGGAUAACAACGCAACAAGACAAUCACCUGCGCCCUCAUCAACCCCAUCCAAUCCCUUUGCUGUCCUAUCAUCUCUAAUUGAUAAAAACAGCACUGAUAGGGAUCGCGAUCGAGAUCGCAGUGGACCCAGAAAUAAGGGCUCAUAUAACAAGGGAUCUAUGGAGCGCGAUCGUUAUGAUAGAGGUAUACAUUCAAGAACUGGAUCAUCACAAGGAUCACGAGAAAACUCUUCCUCCCGCGGUGGCCAGCAAGGUCAGAGUCGCAGUUUAUUGAGUUCUACAGUUCAAAAAUCUGCUAGUCAUUCAAAAUACACGCAACAGGCACCACCAGCACGUCAAACUGGCAAAGCACAGUCAUCACUGGGCAGCUCCAACGUCAACGCUGGCGGACUUUACCGUGGCAGUGAUCAUUCAUCGACUGCAUCUUCAUCUGCAACGCUACCGCAGGGUAUUCGUUCUACUGCUCCAGUAGCAGUGUUUAAUGAGGCCGAUGAAACCGAUCUUAAGAUUAUCAAAUCUGUUGUCUCAGAAAUGAUUGAGCUUGCAGCAGCCUCGAAGGCUGUAACGCCUGCUGUUGUUUCGUGUAUAAAACGAGUACCAGAGGAACUACGCUGUAGUUUCAUAUAUUACAUAUUAACAGACUAUUUGCAUUUAGCGAAUGUCGGUAAGCAGUACAGGCGGUACCUGGCUAUUGCUGUUUUCCAACUUAUUCAACAAAAUUACAUCUCUGUGGAUCACUUCAGACUGGCGUACAACGAAUUUAGCGAGUACGCAAACGAUUUUAUUGUUGAUAUUCCAGAGCUUUGGCUGUAUAUUCUUCAAUUUGCCGGGCCAUUAAUUGUAAAGAAAAUCUUGACUGUAUCAGAUUUGUGGAACAAAACUUUGAAAGACAACAGCCCAACACGCGUGGCUAAAAAGUUCCUUAAAACAUAUUUGAUAUAUUGUACACAAGAAGUGGGACCGAAUUAUACUCGAAGUAUGUGGGUCAAGUUCAACUUAAAAUGGUCAGAUUUUAUGCCUGAAAGUGAAGUCGCUGACUUCAUUUCAUCAAAUAAACUGGAGUAUGUGGAAAACGAGCUGAAAUCUGCAGUGAUUGAGCAAAAAGAGACUCCAGAGAAGCACGUUAAAAAUGUGAUAGACCAUAUUGAGCACUUGCUGAAGGAAGGAACGACGGCAGAUUGCAUUGUUGAUUAUAGUAACGGAAACAUAAUGGUGGUUGAUAAGUUGUUUAUUAGGGGAUUGACCGAAACAUUGAGUAAUUUCUCAAUUCUCUACAAGGAAAAUAGUUAUAAACUUGAGUCCGAAACCUUCCAAAAGUUUUGCAUACCAGUUUUGCAACGAUACAUUGAUUCUAACGAGGACCAUCAACUUGAAUGCUUAUAUGCUAUGCAACUUUUAGUGCACGGCUUGGAGCAUCCCAGAGGACUGCUGAGUGAACUAAUUGGCGAGCUUUAUGAUGCCUAUGUAAUACAAAAGGAAUCGCUCUGUAAAUGGCGUGAUUCAAAGGAUCAGUCAGCUGGCAAGGGCGUUGCUGUAAAAAGUCUUAAUCCUUUUUUUAACUCGUUAUUAAACGAUGAAGCCAACUGAAACCGCAAAGUAGCUGGCCUAGACAGCAUACAUUCAAAAAUUGUAAUAAAAUUAAUUAAAACGAGAGAGAGUUGGUGGGAGAAGAAUGUUCAUUAACAGUAUAUAUAUAGAUUUCGAUAUGGACUUAUUCAACAGAAAUUCUGGUUCAUGCAUUAAGAGUAUAUGCAACAAUAUAAAAGUGUAUAACAUAUGUAAAAUAAAGCGAACCUAAAGGAAA